CUCCCAAAUGCCAAGCAGGACAGAGAACAGGAAGGCCCAAUAUGUUUUCGUUGACGAAAGCGUUUCUACCAUGGAAAAACGCGAUACAAUUACUAAAUAGAUACUCAACGAUGAAAGUUAGCACGCUUCCGCAUCCACAAGUCCCGGUGCGUUGCUUUGGACUGCUUUCUCAACUGGUAAAUAAUGACUACAAGGCGAGAAAACGCGUUGGUCGUGGCCCAGGUUCGGGCCGUGGAAACACAAGUGGUCGCGGACGAAAAGGCUCUGGUCAACGACGCGGUCGGCGUAUCCGUCCUGGCUUUGAAGGAGGCCAAACGCCGUUAAUGAAGUUAUUUCCUAAAGUCGGAUUCAGUACUGCUCAUUUGCCCAAGCUGGUUGCCUUGAACGUGGACCGGGUGCAACAAUGGAUAGAUAUGGGUCGCUUAGACGCAACGAAAAAGAUAACUAUGAAGGAGCUACUAGACACUCGUUGCUGUCGUGGAAUUAAGGACGGUGUAAAGCUCCUUGCCCGAAACAGCAAGUCUCUGCAUACACCUAUACACAUUGAAGUUACCAAGGCAUCUGCAAGUGCGAUUGAAGCUGUUGAAUCCAGCGGGGGUACUAUUCAAACAGUGUACCACAGUCGACUUGGCCUGCGGAGUCUUCUAUACCCAGAGAAAUUUCGCCUUCUCCCCAGACAAGCUUUACCGAUUUCCCAAAAGAACAUUUCCUAUUACACGGAUCCAGCGAGGAGAGGAUACCUUUCCGGUAAAAACAUUCUCCAACUCUACUACCCUCACCAAUCCCUUCGGAAACGUCGCAAUGCAAACGUUGGACGGGGUCGUUAGAAUGAACAGUGAUCGCUAUGAGCAUAUCGGAUAUAAUCAUGUUAAUGCAACUACCAAUGACAAGGAGAGACAGUGAAUAGCAGAGUGCGGCAAGGAACGGAAUUGAGUUCCCCUAUACAGUGAACCUCCACCUUUACAUCUUUCUCUCUACCUCUAUUGCCUACCGUCUACCGCCUACUACCUACCUCUCAUCUCACUACACACUACGACGCACACCAUACCCAUGCUUCCCUUCCAUCUGCCCGACUUCCACACACUACGUCUCAGUAUAUCUCGCUAAGCAGCUUUAUAUACUCUACUGCACCGCACUGCAUCUCAUUAAACCACCUCUCUGGCCAGCCGAAACUUCCUUCCUUGCACGGGCGAACGUUGUCAGGACAAGUCUGCAGAAAAACGAAA